ACCGACAAACACUUCAUAUGUUUUGGCACCCCGUUUAUCCCUUCUCACCCCUCCUUACUCUCUCACACACUCUAACCAACCCCUCUCUCUCUCUCUCUCUCUCUGUGUGUGUGUGUGUGUGUGUGUGUGUAUGUGUGUGUGUGUAUAUGUGUGUGUGUGUGUGUACACCCCCCUCCUCUCACAACCGCCUGUGCGCCGUUUUUAAGGUCCUUUAGUCAGUCAUGUGAUUGUAACGUAACCCGACCGGAAAACACCGACAACCAUCGCCGCCAAUGCAGCGUCUGAGAGGAACAGAGCAGCUGCGCCGCGACCAACGGACCCCGGUAACAAACACACACCAUCGCCCGACUCCACGCGCUCACACGGAGGCAAGGUGGAAGUAUGGAGCUGGCCAACCACGGUCUUAUCCUCCUGCAGCAGCUCAACGCGCAGAGGGAGUUUGGCUUCCUGUGUGACUGCACGGUCGCCAUCGGCGACGUCUUCUUCAAAGCACACAAGGCCGUGUUGGCCGCCUUCUCCAACUACUUCAGGAUGUUAUUUAUUCACCAGGACAGCGACUGCGUCCGCUUAAAGCCUGCAGACAUUCAGCCAGAUAUCUUCAGCUACCUCCUCAACCUGAUGUACACUGGCAAACUGGCCCCGCAGCUGAUCGACCCAGCCCGGCUAGAGCAGGGUGUGAAGUUCCUGCACGCUUACCCCCUCAUCCAGGAGGCUAGCCUCAACAGCCAGUCUGCCUUCACUCAUCCCGAGGCCAGCAUCCGGCUCAACACCUCUCUCUACGGCAUUCAGAUAUCAGGCCAACAAGGGACGCAGUCCAGCCGUCUGUCCACCAGAAGGCAGCAAUCACCCGUCGACUCGGAUAGCGCGGGUGCGCUAAAUGGGAAAGGUUCCAGCGCAAACGCGCCACUAUCAUCCGGGUCCAGACUGCAGCCAGAUGUGGAGGUCGAGGCAUCGGCGAUGAGCAGUAGUCAGUUUGGGAGAGAAGGCUCUGAGGCAGACGCGUCGUCCGGUGAAAGCGUGUCCGCUUUGACAAGCGGGAACCCCAACACCAUCCUGCAUGUGAAGCCCAGCAUCAUGAAGCGAAGCUCCUCGUUCCGGAAGCACUACACCUGCCACAUCUGCAGCAGUCGCUUCAACCAGCGAGCGGGUCUGAGGGAACAUCUGCUCUGGCACGCACAGGCUAUGGCACCUCUAAUGAUGGAGACCGGAGGUGCGACUUCCCCCAUACUUCCUGGAGGAGCUGCAACUCCCGAGGUGGAAGAAGGUCUGACUGGCGUCGGAGCAGCCACUCCCAUCAUGGUGGACGUCGAUGUCGAGCAGCCUCUGUCUGGACUGAAAGUUUCUCCACGUGCCGAGAUGGCCAUCUCGGUUCCUUCCAUGGUGGCAACGUCGUCCAUGGCUCAGCCUCAAGCUGACACGCCUCCUCCGUCCGACAUCGCAGACAUCGACAAUCUCGAAGGCGCCGCCGACAUCGAGCGAGAGGUGAAGAGACGGAAGUACGAGUGCCCCACGUGCGGACGCAAGUUCAUCCAGAAGAGCCACUGGCGCGAACACAUGUACAUCCACACAGGAAAGCCGUACCGCUGCAGUGCCUGUGGGAAGAGCUUCUGCCGAGCCAAUCAGGCUGCGCGACACGUCUGUAUGAGCCAGGGGGCGGAGUCAGCUUACACCAUGGUAGACCGGCAGAGCAUGGAGCUGUGCGCGGCGGACGACUCCAGCCAGAUGGAGGCUUUGUUCUUGGGCUCCUCAGGAAGGCCGUACAAGUGUAACGUAUGUGAAAUGACCUUCACCAACCCCAACGAAGUCAUCAAGCACAUGUGCUUUACCCAGGGCGCGGCCUCGGAGGUGAGCGUGUCAGGAACAGCGGGGAGCGAAGUGAACACUGACAAAGCGGCCAAAGACGAGGGUUUUGAUGUGUCUAGUGGUGGAUCUUUAGUGAUGGCCAUUAAAACAGAGGAGGUUCUGGCUGAUUAACAAAACAUCCAUCUUAUAGAGACGUAUUAGGUUGUUUUUUUUUGAUGGUUUGUUUCUUAUCAGCACCACAGUUUGUGUGCAGAGUUUAUUCUGAUGUACCGCUAUCUGUGUGUAUCAGGAAAUGACUUGUGCGUGUUGUAGGACAACUUUUUUUUUCUCUCUCUCUCCAAUGAAGCAAGAUAGGUUUAUUACACCGUGAAGCCCCCCUCCAUUUGCUCGGUGUGUAAUUCAGGUCACUCAGAUGUUGCACGUUGUGGUUUAAGCCUUUCCCCUUUGUAACCGUCAACAGGAAGAGGAAGUAGUGAAUCGCAAUAACCCCACCUAUGGUGCGAAUGCUCUCCUCACCGCUUUCUCCUCACUGAGACUCACAUCCUCGUGCGAUCUGAAAACAGCGUUUCAAAAACAUUUCAUGACAUUUAAAGCAAUAACCAGCAGCAUGUAACCAUCACUAUAUUCCACUUUAAUUGUUCCCAUCAGCCAAAGAGUGUUACAGCAGGUUUUUUUCUUCUUUCCUGAUUAACUGAUUAAUCCUGAUUUAUUUAUUUAUUUUUAUUUUUUAUUUUAUUAUUUUUUUUUUUGGGUUUUUUUUCCACCUCCAUCUCUUACCUCAGCUUGUUAAUCUAUUAUAAUAAAGUCCAGUGGUUACAAUCCCAAGCUCACGCUAGAGCAGAUAUCUGAAUUAAAGUUCAUUAAAAAAAUCUUUUUUAAUUAGAAACAAUUAUUUUUUGCCAACACAGUUAAACAUUUAUUUUUUUAUUAAUUUUUUUAACGUUUUUUUUUUUUUUUUAUCGAUCUGGAAGCAUUAUCGUGAAAUGUUUACAGAUGUGCCAUUAUUUUUUCUUUAUUUUUAUUUUUAUUUAUUUAUCUCUUGAGCUGUUACACAAAGGCAGUCUGGGUGUGAACCUACUCGUGUAUCAAUAUCUAAAACUGAAGAGAGAUCUUUAUUGUAGGAAAGGUUUUUUAAAAGCCCUUAUUUUAAAAAAAUUUUUUUUUUUAAAUUUUAUACACAGUACUAUAUUUACAAAGAAUAUUUUAUAUAUUAAAAAUGUUGUAUAUUGCAUAAAAGUGCAUUGAGCGUAGAAUAUAAUCAAUUUUUAGCGUAGCAUGGUGGAGCGUACAGUACGUACGUUAGUUUUCGUCUGCAUACAUUUUUAAUUUUUUUUAUCUUCAUUAUCUGCUGUUGCUUAUCGUUCGCUCCUUGUUCGGCCGUCCAAGCACUGAAAGUUAAGGACCUGACUACUAUUGACGAAAUGUAGGGUUACAGACAGGCGUUUGACAUCCGUAAUAUUAUUAAUGUUUUUGUUUUAUAUUCACAGCUAGACAAAUGUACCGAAAAAAGACGUGAACGGUGUGGAAAAAAAAAAAUAAGGACGUUAUUAUUGUUAUUUUUUUAUUUUAGAACUUGAUUCAGGAACAAGAAAAUGGGACCGAUGUUUUUUUGUUUUAAAAAAAAAGUAUUAUUUCCUCUACAGAGCCGUGUUUUUUUUGUUGUUGUUUUUGUUGUUGUUUUUUUGUUUUUUUUCCUUUUUUUUCUAAGAUGAUUUUGUGAAUUGAAUUACUACUGAUUGGUUGAAGUCUGGGGUUUGAUGUCUUGCUCCUCUUCACUUCCUUUUUGUCGACCCCUGGUGGUCGCACAUGUACAGACAUGACAAAUGAUAUGCCAUGCUUUUUUUUUUUUUGGUGUCUUGUUUUUUGUUUUUUAUACUGUUGCUAUGUCAUCAUAUACAUCUUGCUCUUGUGUUUUUUUUUGUUCCGAGUUUAUUUUCGAGGCAGUUACAGGGAGGGGGUUGAAGGAUCUCCUCCCCCCCAAAAAUGCACAAACUCCAAAGCGAAGGCAAACCUAUACAGUAUACUGUGAUCUGCAGCACCUCAGGAAAUGAACAACUGCCUCAGAAUAAACGUGAUUUGUGAUUGUCUGUAAUGAACAAUAAACUUUUUUUUUUCUUUUU